UGGUAUGAACGGUUAGUUUUGAGGGUGUGACCACGAGUAAAGCAUAUAACAAGGUAGUGAGGCAUUUUGAAACUUGAGAAUUACGUUUUGCAAACAAACAUAUUGGUGCCCUUUUAGAAAAGUAUUACCCCAUAAUCCUAAUAAAUCGAAAGAAAUGCAAAGACCCAAUAGAUAAACCCAACAUAUUGGUAGUUGUAUACCUUCUCAUAAAUGAGACCAGAACUCGAUGAGAGAGACAUCAAAUAGCAGUAAAUAAAAGAUAGGUUUUUUUUCGACAAUACCUUAGAAAAUCUGAAGUGACGAAGAGAUAGAGAACGAAGAAUUAGCUCGGCUUAUAGAUGUGUUUCGAUCAAACAAGAGGGGUUUAUGUAGGGCAAUCGAAGCAUCUCCCAACCAUGACUGACUUGAUAGGGCAAAAGAGGAAUAUCUUUCCCACAAAUUUUUCAAAAAUUUUUUUGCAGAUCGAACAACAAUAGGAUUCAUUUUUUCAAUCGUUUCCAGCGAAGAAGACAACAAUCGUCCUCCCUCUCCCCAUUCGGUCUUUUCCACAGAUUUUUCAAAGAUUUUUAGCUGGUCAGUGUAUUUCCCAAAAGAAUCUUCUUUGUGUUGUUCGAUCGUUGGUCAGUUCUUCAACAGGAACUCUGUGGGAAUCUUGUGUCUGUGUUGAUCGAUAGUGGUCAUUUCAGAGAGAUAUGUGAAUAGGGUAAUUUGGGGUAUAUAGGAUAUAUGGGGAGUAUACAUGUCAUUUGGAUGUUAAACCCAUUAACUCAUAUAUGAAACCCCCUACCCCAAAAAAAAUGAGUUUCAUGAGCAGGCCUAAACCGGGCUGAGUUUCAAACCUUGGGCUAUAUGUGUAUUUGCCAAAAACAAGCCCUUAAUGUUUUUAGUAACCACUUCAUGAGUUUGAAAGGGGGAGUUAGAAUAGUCUGGUAUAUUUAAUACUAGGGUUAGUUUAUUCUUUUUUUCUCUGUUCUUUCUCUUAUUUCUUGUCUAUUUUAUUAAAGUUAACAGUUGACACGUGAAAAAAAUAAAAAUUUCUGAUUCAUCCCCUAGGGAGUUUAACAUACAACUUUGUCCUAUGAAUCGACAUGAUCACCAUUGUAAUUCUGAAAUAAUCAAUUUGGGUAUUAGUUGAGUUGCCAAAUUCUUAUUCUGAAUAUAUCCUUGGGUUAAAAAAUGGCAUAGGAUUUGUGCAUACAUUGCUUUCAUGCAAUUAGAUACAAAAAUGUAAUAUAAGCUUUUCCAUGAGGCCCCAAAAUUAGCUUAAAACUGAAGGUUUUACAUUUGUAAAUCAUUAGAACAAAUAUAUCGUCUAUGCAAGUUAUGGUUUUAUGCGUCUUUCUGUUGAUAGGUAUUCCAAAGAAUUCUCAAAGCUUAUGCUACAAAGCUUUUUGCAAGGUUGCCUAAGGGUGGUACAGGAAUCGUUGCAGCAGCCACGGGAAUGGAUGGACAAAUAAAGACAUCUGAUAGGGAUGAACGGGUGAUUUGUUAUGUCGUCAAUACAGCUGAAUAUUGUCACAAAACGUCUGGGGAAUUGGCUGAAAAUGUGUGCAAAAUAAUUGAUCCUCAAUUCGCGGGAGGGGUGGAUAUGUCCGAAGUGCAGGAUGAAUUUUCUGCAGUUAUAACAAAAGCAUUGGUAACAUUAGUGCAUGGUUUAGAAACUAAAUUUGAUGCUGAAAUGGCUGCAAUGACACGUGUUCCAUGGGGUACACUUGAGAGUGUUGGUGAUCAGUCAGAGUAUGUCAAUGGAAUUAAUCUGAUCCUUACCAGUAGCAUUCCUGUACUCGGAAUCCUUCUUUCUCCAAUUUACUUUCAGUUCUUUUUAGACAAGCUUGCAUCGUCUCUUGGUCCACGCUUCUACCUCAAUAUUUUCAAAUGCAAGCACAUAUCUGAAACAGGAGCACAACAAAUGUUGUUGGAUACGCAAGCAGUGAAGACAAUUCUUCUAGAUAUUCCUUCCCUUGCAAGACAGAAUCUGAGGUCAUCUUAUGGUUUUAUAGCAACUGCAGACAAGGUGUUGGAGUUAACUAAAAGUUGUUCAUGUGAAAUAUUGACAUCUGGAGCUGCUAGUUACUCAAAAUUUGUAAGCCGUGAGAUGAGCAAAGCUGAAGCACUAUUGAAGGUUAUACUGUCACCAGUUGAUUCCGUGGCAGAUACAUAUCGUGCACUGCUACCUGAGGGAACUCCUUUGGAGUUUCAGCGGAUUUUGGAGCUUAAGGGCCUGAAAAAAGCUGACCAGCAAAUUAUACUGGAUGAUUUUAACAAGCGUGGGUCUGGAAUCAGUCAACCACCUAUUGCCCCAUCAGUUGUCCCAGCUAUGCCCAGUGCAACUGCAGCUCCUUCCAUAACCAGUCCCGCUUCAGCUGCUAUUAUUGCUUCGAGAGAGGAUGUGCUGACCAGAGCAGCAGCACUUGGGAGAGGUGCAGCUACUACUGGAUUCAAGAGAUUCCUUGCUCUAACUGAAGCUGCCAAAGACCGGAAGGAUGGGCCUUUCAGGAAACUAUUCAAUGCAUGA